AUGAAAUCACCAAUAAUAACAGAUAAUAGUCGUAGAGCUAAAACAAAUCCAGAUCAAAGUUCAUUAAUUAGCUAUUCUACAGUUAAAUCUUGUGCCUCAAGUGUAAAUAUAUUAUUAAUAAAUAGGAACGAAAAACUUAAGUAAAAGUUGCUUGUAAAGUGUUAUGUGAAAUGAGAGAGGAUGAAUCAAGUAAAUUAGCUAUGAAAUUUACCUAACUAAGAAUUGUAUUAGCCACUUAAUCUCUUCUUCAUAAAUUAUAAAAGUAUAAAUCUUCUAAACUGUAAACAUAUUUUUGGAUUCUGUAAUAAGAAAGAAAAACAAUUUAACAUAAUAGUUUCUUAGAUCUAAAUUAAACUAUAUCACUAACUCCUGUUAUGGAUGAUUUAUAGAAUAAUUAGAUCAGAGAAUAAAUAUAACAAGAUUAAUAUCCCUAAAUAUCUACAACUACAGUAAUAGUACUUUUUCAUCUUUUAAAGAAACUUAUAAAUUAAUAAUAGAAAUUAACUUUAAAAAAGAUCAAGGCAUAAUCAAAUUUCUGUAAAGGUAUUACACAAAUUACAAAUUUGAUCAAAAAUUAUCAAAAAAGAUCUUAUUAUUUAUGUAUUUUUAAUUUAAUGAGAUGUAAUCAAAAUAAAAAAGUUUUAAAAACAAGUGUUCUUGAUUAAAAUCAAGAGAUUCCACCUGAAAAUCAAAUGGAAGAAGAAAUUAGUCAAUAACAAGAAGAAAUGUCAAUGAAAGAAUAAUUAGCUAUUAAAUUUGCAAGUAUUACAAUUAUAACUACUAUGUUAAAUGAGAAAAUACAAAAACAACAAUUUUAAUUAUUUUUUAAUAUUAUAAGGGGUCAAUUCUAAUUAAAUAAAUAAUUAAGUUUCUCAUAAAUGAAUGAAAUUACUUAGAUAUAUGAAUAACCAUUUUUAGAUCAAAAUCAUAUAGUUUUAGGUACUUAACUUUUGUGUUAAAUAUUUAAUAUAAAGUUAAAAGAUUAUUUUUAAGAAAUCAAAACAUAUAAAUUAACAAGUAAACACAAAAAUGGAGAUUUCAUAAAUAUCUUAUUAUAAAACAAGAAUGUGGAAUAGUCAAUUAAUAAUUCAUAUGAAGAUCUUUAUACAUAAAGAGUAUUAUAUUCACAAUCUAAAAAUGAUGAAGAAGAAAAUGAAAAUGAAAUCCAAAUACUUGAAAAUAAUGAUUAAUUCAAAAUGCCAUGCUCUUUACAACAUAUUACUGAUAUAGAUGAUUCAUAUAAGGAAGAAGAUUAAAAAAUAUCAGAGGUUUUUAAUGAAAAAGAAUUGCCAUAGUAGAAGGUGAUUGUUUAGAAUAAUAAACAUUAAGAUUUAAUAAAGAAUGCUGUUAAAUCUUAUUGUACUUAAUAGUAAUAGAUUAAAUAAAGUGUUUAAGUAACUCCAAGAACUUAAUAACAUGAUUAAUUAAAAGAAAUUUAAGAGAAUAAAAAAUAACAAUAACAAUUCUAUAUUCCUCAUAUUAUUGGAAUAUGUAUGAUUGUAUUUAUUAUUUUGAUUUUAUAAUGA